CAGAAGGCAAAUUUUGGGUUUUUAAGAUCGUUAAGCACCCAGAAUUCAGAAAAGAAAAAAACUCUCUUUUCAUCUCCCAUGAAAGUGGACUGCGAGGUGAAACCCACUUUCUCUGACAGUUUCUAUCUUCUUUUGGAUUUUCCUUGUUACCAAACAGGAUAGUAACAAACUUUUCUUUUGGUGUUUUACCGCCUCCGCCAUUAAAGUCUUCUUCUCUUCUUCCUCCUCAGUCCUGAUCAUUAAUAUUUCUUCUGCAAAUAUCUCUGGUUCUUAUUAACUAGACGACAAAGGAACAAUUUCCAAAGACAAAAGAUACCAUUUUUAAAAAACCAUCAUGAACCAAAUAACCAAGCUUUAUCAACAGUACCGCGCUUUUCUUGACUGUAUGCAGGACAUAAAAAGAUCGGUUCUUGCAUUUAUUUUCUGCUUACCCACUUCAAUCUUUGCUCUUUUCCUUGUUCUUCUCUUAACCUACAAUGGAUUCUCUGUGUUCUGCGUUAAACCCUCUUUUCCCGCCAAAUCCUCGCCGGAGCCCGCCAAUUUCUUGCCGGAGCGAGAAUCAUCACAGUCGUCUUCGUCUUCUUCUGUGAUGUAUGCGGUGAAAGAGGAGAGCCCACCUGCGAUCUUGAAGACCCAUUUGCCCCUUUUGGAAAAACCAGAGAUUUCAAGGACACCCACCAACAGUUCGUCGGUGUUUAACCCAAAAAGAUUGGAGAAAAGGAGACCCGUUUCUAGUGUUCUGAAAUUCGAAGCUAAAUCAAAGCAUUUUUCAGCAAAAGUGGAGGAGUUCUUGGAUAAUUCUUCCUGUAAGUUGAGGUUUUUCAUGACUUGGAUAUCUUCAAUUGAGUCAUUUAGUGGUAGAGAAUUGCUUGCUGUUGAGAGUCUGUUCAAGUCACACCCAGAUGCUUGCUUGGUUAUGGUGUCAGCCUCACUUGAUUCCAAAAGGGGAAGUUUGAUUCUGAAACCGUUUUUGAAAAAAGGGUUUAAGGUGAUUGCAGUAACUCCUGACUUUGAUUAUAUAUUCCAAAAAACUAAUGCAGAAACAUGGUUUGAUGGGUUGAAGAGAGGCAUUAUUGAUCCUGGAGAAGUUUCUCUUGGUCAAAACCUCUCUAAUUUGCUUAGACUCUCAUUGUUAUACAAAUUCGGUGGGGUGUAUCUAGACACAGAUGUAGUCAUACUAAAGAGUUUCUCUAAUCUGAGUAAUGUAAUAGGAGCACAAGCCAUGGAUGCUGAAAAAAAGAAUUGGAGCAGAUUGAAUAAUGCUGUCUUGAUCUUUGACAAGAAACACCCAUUACUCUUCAAUUUCAUUCAAGAAUUUGCUCUUACUUUCAAUGGAAACAAAUGGGGUCACAAUGGUCCCUAUUUGGUGUCUAGGGUUGUUGCUAGAAUCAAUGAGAAACCUGGGUUUAACUUCACUAUCUUGCCUCCACACGCAUUUUAUCCGGUAGAUUGGACUCGGAUUCAGAGCCUUUUUCGAGGUCCUGGAAACGAUAGUGAUCAAUCGAAGUGGUUGCAGAAUAAGCUCGUGAACAUUCGUCGCCAAAGCUUUGCUGUUCAUCUAUGGAACAGACAGAGUAGGGAACUUAGAAUUGAAAAAGGCAGCAUAAUUGAUCAUAUAAUAUCAGAUUGUUGCAUAUUCUGUAAUUCUUCAGGAUCUAGUUUGUAAAUUGUAAGUAUUCAAUAAAGUCAUACAAGAGUUGAUCA